AAUGUGCAUAUAUCAAUCAUCAAACAUGCUCUUCUUUUAUGGGUAUAUAUAUAUCCCUCUCCUUCCCUAACUUUCACUCUGUGUAUUGAGGUUUGAUUCCAUCUCUUAUCAGAGAGGAAUAUCCUAUCCUAUCCUAUCCCAUCCAAUCCAAUCGAAACCCAUAUAUCACAUUUAUAAGGGCAUUUGGUUUCUUGAUUAGGGAUAAAACAAAAUGGUGAGAGCUCCUUGCUGUCAGAAGAUGGGACUGAAGAAAGGUCCAUGGACUCCUGAAGAAGAUCGGAUGCUUAUCGAUUACAUCCAACAAUAUGGCCAUAGCAAUUGGAGGGCACUUCCCAAACAAGCUGGUUUGUUGAGGUGUGGAAAGAGUUGCAGGCUCCGGUGGAUAAAUUACCUGAGACCUGACAUUAAACGAGGAAAUUUCACCAGAGAAGAAGAGGAUACCAUCAUCAAAUUACAUGAAAUGCUAGGAAAUAGAUGGUCAGCAAUUGCAGCGAGAUUACCGGGACGGACGGAUAAUGAAAUAAAAAAUGUAUGGCAUACCCACUUGAAGAAAAGAUUAUCGAAGCAAAAUCCUGGCACCCCAGAAAUUAAAAGACGAUCCAUUGAUAUGUCCAGAGUUGAUCAAAAAUCGAAAACAGAACCUGAUGAAUUGGUAAAUUUAUCAAAUCUUCCAGGAUCUGAAUCGUCUGAGGGCAUGGACUAUGGACCGAUUUCUCCACAACAGUGUUCCUCCAGUGAAAUCUCCUCUGUGACCACAGGUGAUGAUGCCAAUAAUAACACGUCUUCCACGAAUUUGGAGUCAUCGGAUGAUUUUCCAGAAAUGGAUGAAAAUUUCUGGUCAGAAGUAUUGUCAAGUGAUCACUCGAGCCCGGAAAUCAAUUUUCCGACCACUGCAGUGGCGGAAGCACAAUUUCAAAUUCCAUUUUCUACACUAGAAAAUGCAAUGGAACCUGCAGUCCAAUAUGCCUGUAAUUCAAAUAUGUACGAUAGCAUGGAAUUCUGGUAUAACCUUUUCACAAGAGCUGGGGAAUCACUAGAAUUACCAGAAAUUUAAAUAAUAUGGUUGAAUUUUUUGCAUGGCAUGCUAA